AUGGAUGUGUCGUUGGACCAUGUUGUCGACGUCGGUCGAGUAGUACUCGUGCAGCUUCACAUGCUGGCCGGCCCGUUCCUCUGCAGCGGCGUCGUCAUCAUUGGCGUCAUCGGCCAUCGGCAUCGGGAGUUGCCCUGGGGCGGUCAGGGCGCGUCAGACGAAGAAGGGAAUCGACAUGCCGCCGUUGACAUCGAGCAGGAAGCCCGUUCUCCCGCUGCACGCCAUGGGCAAGUUCGACGCUUCAGCCAAGAACAUGCAACGGACAGACAGCGCAGCACAUCACACAGUGGUUACCGACAGCCGACAGCGAAGGAGAUAUAA